AGACGUGAAUUACAGUGACUGAACUGUAUCAACACAGAGUGAUUCACGUUAAACAAGUUUGGCUUUCACAUCCUGCGCUCACAUCUGCACUUUAUUAGUUACCAUGAUAUGGAUCACUUAUGGGCCAACUUUCCCAGGAAAAAUAAAAUCGACGUUUAGAGAUCUUCCAGCAACAAACUGCACAAAUGGAGCAAAAGAAGAAAAAACAAAAAAAGAAAACCCAGUGACAUAUUUUUCCAUCUGUCAAGCAUAAUGGGUCAUGAUUCAUUUUUAACUAAUACAUCUUACCUAACAACGUAGUAUUGACUUCGUUCAAGCCUCAGUUAUUUAUUGUGUUUAGUUUUGUCGAAACAAGGCUUUCAUGCACCAAACACAUUCUAAAAAGUAUUUUGUCAGUGUAUGGAUUUAAAUUUUUGCUGACCACCAACAGUAGUUUGUGUUUUCACGACAUCUGCUCAACAGAUUGCAGCUGGAAGCUUAGAUUUAUUUCCAGCAGAUCCAUGACUCAUGGUUCAAGACUAGUAGAUUCAACCACUUGUCCAACUGGGUGAAUAUCUCUUUAGUGUUCACUGAAAGGCUUAGGGAUUACAUUUAGUUUACUCACUUUUUUGUGCUGCUUGUUUAUUGAUAAAUUAGCUGAAUGAAUUUUGAGAGAGGUGGUUAUGACAAGACUGAGUCUAAAGUUCAAUCUCCUUUGGUUAGGGUACCCAACUCUGAUCCCUGAGAGCAUCUAUCCUGAAACUUUUAGAGACAUGGCUUUUCCAACACACCUGAAGCUAAUUAUUUGAUAAUUACCAAGCCUCUGUAAAACUAGAUGACAUGCUGUGAAAGUAAUCCAGCCAUUUGGUUUAGUAGAGGUGGAGCUGAGAUGCCUCUCAAAGUUAGUUACACUAAUAGAGCCGUUGGUGCCCGUGUAUACCACUUAAAAUGUGCUUACUAUAUUAUUUGGUGAUACUCUGGACUUUGGUCUUUCCAGUCUUAACAAGAUUGUAUGUUUGUAAAAAGCCACAGCUUUGUUGUGUCUCUUGAAUAAUAUUAAUGUAAGCAAAUAUACAAGGUUUUCUCCAAAAGGAAACGUUUUCCCACAUCAACCUUACUCUUGCGGUUUUACCGGUUGGAACAUACAACAAAUUGUUGACGGCACUCAAUAGUUCAAGGCACUCAGUUAUGCUCAUGCUUGUAACUCUUUUAAGUUUUUAUUGAAUUUCAUGGCAUAAAUUGAGAAAUAAAAAGAAAAGAUUUAUGUGAUGCUUUAUUCAUUGAGGAGAAGAAGUCUGGAGAAAUGUUGUAGAGCAGUCACUUGGUGGCUGCAUAAUCAGAAGAUGAGAGGGUUUAACUGCACCACAGUAAAGUGUCUGCCAAAGCGUAAUUUAGAAGAUGUGUCUUGCUUUACUUAAACUCUGUAGGUUUAUCUUUAGUGAGAUUUUUCUCAACAUAAGGUGUAGCCCUAAACUAUCACUUAAGUCUAAUGCUACACAUAUGGUAAAUGAAGGGCGAUGCAAAAUAUACAGUCAAAUUGCAGCUACAGUCAAACACUCUUUGCUUUGAUUGAUUCCAACAAGGAGAGAAAAAAUAAAUAAAUAAACUGACGCUAACAUUGUAGCCAGAUAUGCUGGAGAAUCCUUUCUUUUGAGAGAGCAGUUAUCAACUUCAAGUAAUUUGCAGAUAUUUUGUACUGACAGAGGGCAGGAAAAAAAAAUUAAAAACCAGUAUACAUUCAGAUCAUUUCCAGCUCUAAAGGGAAAUAUAGUGCCUGCAGACCAGGCAGAGUGUGCACUAUGCCUGGUAUGCAGGCAUAGUGCAGUGGACACCCCAGACCAGCCCUGGGGUGUUCACUAGUUCAACAUAUGUACUCAGAAAUCCCCCAGAAGGAAGCACCCAGGUGACAUACUGAUCAGUUACUGGAGCAAUCUUAUUUGACACCUUUCGAUAUAAAGUAUUAAUGACUCUAUUACGAGCUCCCCCUUGAAUAACGGAGAUUCUCUCCAUAUCACUAAACCUUAACCCAGCCAUCCAACGGAGGAAGCUUAUUUUGGCCAUUGGUGUCCAGAAUAUUGUCCUUUCAGUCAUGAUCUACGUCUUAUGAACAUCGGCAAAUGCCUGGUUUAACAACCAGGAUUAAAGCCUUACUGCUUCUCCUGGAUCUGAGGUUCAACAAUCAGUUAACACCUCCUUUCCAACAACCUAGAAAGGGUCUCCAACUCCAGUCGUCAAGAGCUACUGUCCUGCAACCUUUAGAUACAUCCUUGCUCCAAUACACCUGAGUCAAAUGACUGAACUACCUUUUUACAUCAUAUUCAGAUACUUUGUCCAAACACAUGGAAUUAUGAAGCUCAGAAUCAGCAUGCCUAGGAUUGUGCCCUCACUUGCCACUAGGCUCACACUAUCCAAUCUCUCUUCUUCUACGCUUCUUCUUGCAGGUGUUGUGAAGAUGGUAUUUUGUUGCCUUUUCACACAGUUCCUGGCCUGAAGACAAAACCCCGCUUCUUCUUGAUCCAGAAAGGUGUCGCAUUCUCCCAAUUCCAGGCGAGGGGGGUAUUUUGGGCCUGAAGAAGGUAUAUAAUGAAGAUCCUUUUGUAAAGCGUUAACCCCAUGCAGAGUAAAGGAUUAUGUUGGCUGAACAGACCCUGCCGCCAUUGUUUGCAGCUCUGGAUUUACAAUGACAUGCUAGCUGUUGAUGACGGAGCUAAACCUCUCGGAGAGAACUCUCCUGUGGCCAAAGCACUCACAACUGCGUGCGACAGCGACAGAACUUGUGGACGCGGUUUCUCAUGUGAUCGUCACUUUGGUCUUUGCGUGCCUUUACGUGGAGAGGGUCAGUACUGUAGGAGGGAUACUCAGUGUGUCCGUGGACUCCUCUGCAUGUUUGGGAUGUGUCAUCGCAGCAUUCCCAAUGGACAAGAGGGCUCCAGGUGUAAAGCUGACAGAGACUGUGGGCCUUUGAUGUGUUGCGCUCGACAUCAUGGCGAGAUGGUGUGCAAAAAGCGCCUGGCUCGCGAUGAGAGUUGUUAUGUUCCUGAUGGUGGCCUGGCAUUCAGCAUCAACCAGAUCUGCCCAUGCGAGGAAGGUCUUCUGUGUCGGGAAAACAGCAGGCAGAACCGCAGAGAGAGGGACUUUACUUACCAACCAGAACGGACAAGAUGGACCUGCCAAGGGUCCAAACCUUAACAUAAGACCUCAAGAUUAAAUCUAUUUAUUAUGUAAAUAUCAUGUACAGAAUAAGUGUUUGUAUUUCCAUAUGCUGUUUUGAACGAUUCUGUUAGAUUAAUGUAGUGAAUAUUUACAAAAGCACUACUCUGCUCCACGUAGCUGGACAAGGCUUCUGUCUCAUAAAAUACCUUCUUUGUGUAUUUAGUGAUGUUUUCAUUGAAAAAUAAAAGUGUGGUAUG